AUGUGUCUCUUCUUGUCGUGUGUCAAAAGUAUCGGGGCCUUGUUCUUCUGAUAAUCUAGGUCAUGCGUUUUGUUUGCGUUAAUUGAUCGCCCACCCUUCCCCCGGAGAGAUGCCUGGCUAAAAGAAACAUUGAAUGGAAAGAUCAAGCGUGUAACAUCUGGCAAAUUGGAGAAGCCAGCCAUCCAGCAAUGAUGUGGAUGGUGGAUGAGGUGACUCAGCUGGUAAAGGAGAUGCUGUUGGAGGGCAACAUCCACAACAUCGUUGUCUUCACUGUCAUCACCAGCUCUUCAGUGCUCUCUGUUGUUGGAGCGCUGCGACACAUCUACACAUUCAUCAACAACAUCCGCCAUGUGCAGCACGUGGAGGUUUUGCCCCAGCGGACACCAGACAGUGACGAGGCUGACGAGGUCAAGGCCUGCUGUCUUAACGAUGUGUCUCUCGUCCAGCACUUUGACAAGCUGGGGCUCCUCAGCUGCCAGACUAAAGCACAGAAACAGAACAUGGUGAACUCUACCAGGAACAAAGGCCUGAAGUGCUUGAAAUGCAAUGGUGGUCUGUGGGAGAGGCACUGUGUCCAGGGUCUGUGUGACCAAUGCUGUGAUAUUAAUGGGGCAUGCCAGGGCAAAGGUCACCAAAGACGUCCGCCUGCCUACCUGCCCUGGACGAAGUGUGCGGGGGUCAGUGAUCGCAUCAUCAACUUAAGCCGUUUAGCCCUGGAAGAGUUACCUCCCCGCCUUGGCUUCCAUUGCAUGAAUGCCUGCACGCUUGACGCCUCCCAUAAUGCCUUGUCCCAGCUGCCAGAGGACCUGGCCAUCAUGCGGGACCUCAUCAACAUCAGCCUGCAGGACAACUACAUCACUUCUAUCCCUCCAUUUUUUGCCUGUUUACACCAGUUGUCUUUUCUGGAUCUCAGACGAAACAGACUGCACACCUUUCCAGAGGCUUUACUAGACCUCCCACAACUUUUGAGGCUAUAUUUAGACCAUAAUGACCUACAUAAUCUACCUCAGGACAUUGACCGGCUGUGUUCUCUACAUUGUUUGAGUGUUGGAUACAACCACCUGUCUGAGAUCUGUGAUUCCUUGUUCAACAUUCCUGGCCUCCAGACGCUGUGUUUCCAUGGCAACAAGCAGCUGUCCACAUUCCCAGCUGGCGUUGGCAGGCUCAUCUGUCUACAGAAGCUGGACCUGGGUCACUGCGACCUGCGCAUCAUUCCACGCACCAUCAGCUCGUGCAUGGCACUCAGGGUUUUCUUAGUGUCUAGCAACAGGCUACUCCGCCUGCCUUGUGAGAUCUCUCAGUGCUACAGACUAGAGCGUCUUGAUGUCAGCAACAACAGGCUGAGUUACCUCCCUGCCACCCUGCUGUUUCGGCAACACACACUCCUGUUAAAUGUGUCUGGCAACCCCCUGAUGAGGAGAUGUGACCUGCCCCGUCAGUGGUCAGUGCUGGACCCUGUCUUCUUCACCAGCACCACCCCCUUCCCUUCUCUCUGGGCACUGGCUAGAGAGGCCAUCAAUAGAGGAAACCUCAAGGUCAACCUCCUCCCCCUCCCUGUACAAGACCAACUGGCCAGUGUGUCCAGCUGUUUUUUCUGUGGCCAAAGCGUGUCAAACAGCCUGGGUGCUGUCAGGUUCUCCCCAUGGCACCAGAGGGCCAGCCAGCAUGCACCUGCUGAUCUCCCCUUCCUCUUCACUUUCUGCACCGCCCACCUGAAGGGCUGCAGCUACCAGCAGCUGGAGGCCAACUUGGGACUCUUGUGUCAGGGGCCACAGCUGGCCUAGGUUGCUCUGGUUGGCCAUUUUUUUAAAUUUUGCUAUGGUAGGCCAUCUGGCUUGUCAGAUGAUUGGCCUGGGUUAUCUAUGCCUGCCUUUCAAAGCAUGAAGAUCUUUGCUAAAUCAGUGUCCUAACAAAAUUUACCUUAAUUAAAAUACAAGUAACUUUCAUUUUUUCAAUUGCUAAAUUACUAUAUAUGUAAUAAUAUACUGUGGUCACAGAAGCAGGGGAACUCUACUUCACCUGCCCUAGGGAUCCUAUUACUGUGAUAAUUAGAUUGAAUAUUUUCCACUGACACGUAUUACGUGAAGUUCAUGUCCUGAAGAUUGCUGAAAGUUUCCUGUUUUGGUUUUUGAGCAGUAGAACGUCACUGAGUCUACCCAGCACUUAUGAGUACCUGACACAUGGUGUGAAGAGUAAAAAUGGGCUUAGUGCUGGCUACAAUAUUCUUUCCUAUAUUGUAGUCAGAGAAACAGAUGAACUCUACUUCAUCUAUCCCAUGGCCCAUCACAUGAGUAACCUCUCACUGUUGGUUGUUUCCCUGACAUUAGUCAUGAGCUGGUAGCAUGCCUGACAUAAGGACAACAUUUUUUGACCAUCAACACAUUAUCCAGAGCCUUACACAUUUGUAAUCUGUUCUUAAGUUUUAAUACCAGCUUGCAUUUAAUAUCAAAAUUUUUACUUUUUGUCUUCAGGAAAUUCUAUUUUUAAAAAACAACAGUUUUAUGAUAUUAUUUUAUUUUGUGCUAAAUUUUUAUUUGAUAUUGUCCAGCUUUUCUUUGUUGUUAUUUUGUUGUAUUUUGUUGUAAAAGUCUAGUAGCCUACUAGACAAAUAUUUCAUUAUAUAAUAUUUGUGUAAUGAUUUUAAAACAGACAUUUGGAAUGAUGAUUCUAAAAACAGACAUUUGACAAGUUAUAACAGACACCGUAUGCCCCCCCCCCUUCCCCCCCAGAUCUUUUUGUGCCUUACUGUUUUCUGUUCCCCCUUGAGAGACCUGAUACUUCAACUUCACCCUAAAGAGGAUGAUGAUUCUAUUUUUCUCUGUCAGUUAUUAUGUUGUCAUCUAUUCAAGAUGUUUAUCUCCCUUAUUUCUUGCAUAUUAUAUUUUAUUAUGCAAAUUUUUCAAGUGGGUGUUUAUUCUGGUGCUGGCUGUGUUUUUGUUUUUCUUCUUUCUAUUUGACUGCAACAUUCCACAUCAUCUCUGGAUACUAGGCAUUCAUAUUGCUGUCUAGCUUUCUGGAUACUAGGUGUUCAUAUUGCUGUCUAGCUUUCUGGAUACUAGGUGUUCAUUUUGCUGUCUAGCUUUCUGGAUACUAGGCAUUCAUUUUGCUGUCUAGCUUUCUGGAUACUAGGCGUUCAUUUUGCUGUCUAGCUUUCUGGAUACUAGGUUUUCAUUUUGCUGUCUAGCUUUCUGGAUACUAGGCGUUCAUUUUGCUGUCUAGCUUUCUGGAUACUAGGCGUUCAUAUUGCUGUCUAGCUUUCUGGAUACUAGGCGUUCAUUUUGCUGUCUAGCUUUCUGGAUACUAGGUGUUCAUAUUGCUGUCUAGCUUUCUGGAUACCAGCUGUUCAUAUUGCUGUCUAGCUUUCUGGAUACUAGGUGUUCAUAUUGCUGCCUAGUUCCCCCCCCCCCCCCCAUUUAAGUUUACAUUGGACAAAGUUAUUCCAUUUUUAAUUUUUCUGCUAGAGUUAAAUACGGUACAGAAUUAUUCCAUUUGCUGCCCAUUGACAACAAUGCAAGUUACAAUGGAUGGUAAAUUGAAAUCCUUGAGCCUAAAACAAUGCUCCCCAUUGUCUUAUUGGCCUGUAUAUGUCUUUAGAGUGAUUUCUAAUGCAGUGGGUGGUAAACUAACAUACCAAGUAUCUGGGGUAUCAAAUUGUUCCAUAUCAUGGGAAUAUUUUCAUUCCAAAUUAUGUGAAUAAAAUAAAUUUUUAUUGAAAUAUUUUUAUUUUUGUUGUUAAAAAAAAAUUUGUUUUAUAAAAAAAUAAAAUUUUCAUAAUUUUCCUGUAAAAGCCUAGGGUGCAAUUAUACCAAAACUUCUUGCCGUACUUGUGUGGGGGUGUGUGGGUGUGUGUGGGUGUGUGUGGGUGUGUGAGGUUUACUGUGGUAACAUCUCACAUAUUCACACACAUAAAUUUGUUGUUUUCAGAUACCUGUACAGCGGACACUGUUAUAUGUUUCAGACUUUAUUUUAUUUUGUAUGUACAGUUUAUCAAUAGCUUCUGUCCUUUAAUAAUCAAGAAGUUAAGAUUUUUUAAUGUUGUGUUGAAAUAUUUUUACUUUUUUUUUUUUAUUUUCCUUUUGAUUGCAUAAAAUGUGAUACAUUCUUGAAAUGGACUUCUCUGUCCUCCCUCACCUGUC